AUGGCUUCUACGGGAAGUGACCUGCGUAUCCAGGGGGAUGACAACCUCCAGUCCAUGAUCGUUGGCACGGUGAUGAGGAAGAUUAAGUCUCGCACCUGGAAGAAGCAGCGCUACUUCAAGCUGCAGGAGGACUGCAUGACCAUCUGGUACAAGUCCAAGAAGGCCGGGAACACCCACUCCACAUUCUCUGUGAGUGACGUGGAGACGGUGCGUGAGGGCCACCAGUCAGAGGUUCUGCUAAGCAUCGCAGACGAGUUUCCCCCGGGCCGCUGCUUCACCUUGGUGUUCCGUGGUCGCCGUGGCAAGCUGGACCUGGUGGCAGACUCGGCGGAUGAGGCCCAGUCCUGGAUCAAAGGCAUGAGGAAGCUGAUCGAGAACCUGGAGAACAUGGGCGAGAGUGAGAAGCUUGACCAGUGGAUCUGUGAAUGGUUUCAGAAGGCUGAUAAGAACAACGAUGGCAGAAUGAACUUCCGGGAGAUCAGGGUCCUGCUGAAGAUGAUGAACGUGGACAUGAACGAACAUCACGCUCACCGACUCUUCAUGACGGCAGACAAGUCUCAGACGGGGACUCUGGAGGAUGAUGAGUUUGUCCUGUUCUACAAGAUGCUGACCCAGAGAGAGGACGUUCUCAGGGUGUUCCAGGACUACUCUGGCGACGGACAGAAGCUGUCUCUGCGGGACCUGGAGGAGUUCCUGAGAGAUGAACAACUGGAGGAGGUGGACGGGGUUCAGCAGCUGGCCAUGGAGCUCAUCGAGCGCUACGAACCCUCUGACACAGCCAAGAUGCUGAAGGCCAUGUCUAUCGACGGUUUCCUGAUGUACCUGGCGUCGGCUGAGGGCUCCAUCUUCCACCCCAGACAACAGAGCCUGUACCAGGACAUGACCCAGCCCCUCAACCACUACUUCAUCUCCUCUUCACACAACACAUACCUGAUGGAGGACCAGCUUCGAGGACACAGCAGUGUCGAGGGAUACAUACGGGCUUUGAAGCGAGGCUGUCGGUGUGUAGAAGUAGACUGUUGGGACGGUCCCAAUGGAGAGCCUAUCGUCUACCACGGACACACUUUCACCUCCAAGAUCCUCUUCAAAGAUGUUGUGAAUGCACUGAGAAACUAUGCCUUCAAGGUAUCAGAGUACCCGGUCAUCCUGUCCACCGAGAACCACUGCGGUGUUGAACAGCAGCGAGUCAUGGCCCAACACCUCAACACCAUCCUUGGGGACAAGCUGCUGAAAAGCACCCUGGAUGGAAAGAUACCCGUCAGCUUUCCUUCUCCUGAGGAGCUGAAGGGGAAGAUUCUUCUCAAGGGGAAGAAGAUCGGAGGUCUGGAGGAGAGUCUGAACGGGCUGGUGGAGCCCGAGGACUCUCUGACAGGAGAGGUGAGCGACGAGGACGAGGCGGCUGACAUCGAUGAGGACAGCCUCCACUGCAACAGUCUCCGACGCACGGCCAAGAAAUCGAAGCAGCGUCUGUCAAAGGAGCUGUCGGACUGCAUCGUUUACUGCAAGAGUGUCCACUUCAGCAGCUUCAAGCACUCCCGCAUUCACUCCAAGUUCUACGAGAUAUCCUCCUUCACAGAGUCCAAAGCCCGCAAACACUUGAGAGAGGCAGGGGAAGAGUUUGUGCAUCACAAUGCCAGGCAGCUGACCAGGGUUUAUCCCAGUGGCCUCAGAACAGACUCCUCCAACUUCAACCCACAGGAGAUGUGGAACACAGGGACUCAAAUAGUUGCGUUGAAUUUCCAGACGGCAGGGGUUGAGAUGGACCUCAACGAUGGACUGUUCAGUCAAAAUGGCCGCUGUGGCUAUGUCCUCAAACCUGACUUCAUGAGGAUGUCAGAGAGGAGGUUCGAUCCUGAGGUUCCACAGAACCGGGAAGGCUACCAACCUCGCAGUCUCUGCAUUCAGGUGAUCAGUGGACAGCAGCUUCCCAAAGUGAAUAUCAAGGAGAGCUCCGUUGUGGACCCGUUUGUGAGAGUGGAGAUCCAUAGACUUCCACUAGACCAGGCCAAGCAGGAGACCAGAUACAUAGACAACAAUGGGUUCAAUCCAGUGUGGUAUGACACUUUACGGUUCACCAUCCAUGCGCCUGAACUGGCCCUGGUACGCUUUGUGGUGGAGGACUACGACAAGGCGUCAAGGAAUGAUUUUGUUGGACAGUAUACCUUGCCUUUCUCAUGUAUUCAGCAAGGAUACCGUCACAUCCACCUCCUGUCUAAGGACGGAACCAGUAUUCCUUCCGCCUCCUUAUUUGUACAUGUUAGAAUCACUAACCUUGUAUGAGCUGAACGUUAGAGAUUCCAGUCGCUGCUUACCUGUCUGGCAUUUACAAGACUUGUAGAUGGAACACACUGAAGGUGGAAGACACUGAUGGUGAAAGAUGCUGAAGACGUGACUAAAAGAGAACAAACUUUCGUUCAUAGUUUUACCAGAAAGGUUUGACAUUCAAGAGCUAGUUUCACAAACUAUGUCAUGAAUACUUUCUGUAGCUACUUCCUCAAAAUAGUAUGUAAUGUUGUGCAUAUACUAAGCCAAAUGUUUUUUGUAACUAUUAAUGUACUUUUAAAAAGUAUGAUUGGUGUGGUUUUCACUUGUGAUCUACAAUUCUAUAUUUAUAAUGUGUAUUCCCAAUCAGAUGUAUUACUGAAGAACUGGCUCUGGGAUGAUUCUGUUUUUCCAGCUCUAUGUCAUCAAAUGCUAGUCAACUACACAACUGUACUUGAGAUUAUUUUUUGUUUUGCUGCAAUGAUAUGUAGCGGAGAAAUGUGCCACCCACUGGUCAAGAGUAAUGACACAUUUCAACCUAAUUUCAGUCAGUCUUCUUAUCCACACCACAUUAUUUUCUAUGAACCAAGCUCCUCAAGAACGUAACAUUGAUGAGGCUGUUUGGUUAGAGUUGCCUAGGCUUACUGUAGGACACAUUUCCUCCCUCUUUUGCCUAUUGGCAAGUUUUGGUUUAAAAUGGGUUAUGAUGCCAAUGAAAACUAUACUCCAUUCCUCAUCUCUCACUCUCUCUCUAAUGCAUAUUAUCAUUUCCAUGAACAAUAUUCUGAACAAUCCGUUUAGUAUAAACAGCAAUUAUAGCGGAACUCAGAAUGCCUCAACUCGUGUCAUCUGUUUUGCAUAAUUUAGUAGAUUUAAAUAUUUGCUGCUGGGUUAAUAGUUUAUAUUUUUGUACACACACUGU